AUGGGAUGGUUCAGCAGUUCCCGACGGCAUAAGAAAUCCAAAUCCGAACAUGCAGCGACACCGCCUCUGCCUCCCAGGGACCAGGUCACGGCUGCGAAGCCGAUCCCACGGGUGCAGGUGCAGCAGGCCCAGUCGCAGGUCCAAUCCCUGUACACAAUACCGGCAGCUUCAGCAACCACAACGUCGGUGAAGACUGACGACCAUCCGCCGACCCAUCCGUAUCAUCAUAAGACCGCGUCUUCGGUGCACUUAUCGCCCUCGCGUCCGAGCCCGUAUCGGCAUCGGGUUUCGUCGUCGGCGCAGCUGUCGUCUCCGUCUUCUCAUCCGUCAACGUCUAGCAGUUCUCUUGCGAAAUGGCAGUCCUACACCAGCCUCUCCGGGAUGGUGUCGCAGACGGUCGGAAUUGCCAAUACGACCAUGUCCGGAUUGGAGCAUCAGAUGAAGCAAUACAUGUCUUGUGGAGUCGACGCUUACGGGGUAAUGCUGCGAAAGCUGGAUAACGUUAUCACGUCCAUGGACGAGGGAUUGUUUACCGGGAAAGACGAGAUGGUUGCUGAAUACCCCGUCCAGUCGGACGCUGCGGCGCAUACAUCGGUGGAUAAGGACAAGUCCAGCGACUCGAAUGCCUUGAGCUUUUUCUCCAAGGUCUAUCUUUAUACUAACUCCCGGUUACCCCCUCAAUUACCCCCUUUGAACCUCUAUCCGGCCGGUCAUGCGCUGCUGCGUCUUGCCGCCCAGUACUCCCGCAAUGUAUACAAACGACCCAGCGGCGGCAACAAUCCCGCCUACUUCGACGCGGACCAUCGCACCGGCACCAAAGCCAUGGUCAUCAAAUCGCUGGCGGUCGACGACAUGAAGACGGUGGUCAUCGCCAUCCGCGGCACGCAAAGUUUUCGCGACUGGGCCGUCAACAUGAAAACGGCCCCCACAUCUCCACGUGGCUUUCUCGACGACCCAUUCAAUCUCUGCCACGCGGGCUUUCUAUCGGUGGCACAGAAAAUGGUUAGUCCGGUGGCCUCGCGACUGCGCGACCUACUGGCCGAAGACCCCAGUCGAGCCAACUACUCGAUCCUGAUCACUGGACACUCAGCCGGCGGUGCCGUGGCCAGUCUCUUGUACUGCCAUAUGUUUGCGGCAACGGGAGGAUCCGAACUGACGCAUCUGCGCACGUUCUUCCGAAACGUGCACUGCGUGACGUUUGGCGCGCCGCCAGUGUCAUUGCGACCGUUAGCUCCGUUCGACCCUUCGUCCAUAUUCUUCUCCGUCGUUAACGAAGGCGAUCCCGUUCCGAGAGCCGACAAGACCUAUGUCUCCUCUCUCUUGAACUUGUACAUGUCCCCGGCUCCGAUAUCACGGUUGUACGGGAAGUAUCGUCCAAGCAAGCCGGCACUAUGGCGCAUUCCGCCUGCUACGCUGUCUGUCGCAGGCCAGGUGAUCGUCCUUCGCAAGCGAGAUGCCAACGGUACAUAUGCAUUGGCGGCGGAACCCGUGGAGGCCUGUAUGACGAACGACGCAGUUCUUCGGCAGGCGGUGUUUGGCGAUCCCUUGAUGCACAUGAUGGACCUAUACGCGCGGCGAAUCCACGACCUGCCCAGCAUACAAACUAAACAUUAA